UUUCUCCCAAUCUUUUCCCAGCUAAGAGCCGCUUCCAGAAAAGGCGAACUCAUUAAGAGAAAGAGAAAGAGAAAGAGAAAGAGAAAGGGGAAGAGGAAGAUGACGCUGGACGAUGAUAGUUCCAUCUACGUUGGGGGUCUUCCCUACGACGCUUCCGAACAAACUAUCCGCUCUGUCUUUCAUUUAUAUGGCGCCAUCCUUGAUGUUAAGAUUAUCAACGAGCACAGGGGCAAGUGCUAUUGCUUUGUUACUUUCACGAAUACUAGGUCAGCAGUUAAUGCCAUCAACGACAUGAAUGGCAGGACCAUUGAUGGGCGUGUCAUUAAAGUGAAUGGGGUGAGGACUCGUGGUGGGAGAUCAAAUUUCGGUAGUAGAGAGCGAUAUCAUCAUGCUGGUGAGAGGGAUGUCGACUGGGAUAGAGAUAGAGACCGAGGCUAUGAUCAUGAUAGGGAUGGAUACAGGAAUAGGAACGGCCAUUGGCCUCGAGAACGCGAUAGGUCUCGAGACCCUGACCAGGAUAGGGAUAGAAGAGUUGAGCAUAUGCAUGAUCGUCAUCAUGAUGAUCAUGCCGGAGAAGCUUCCCUAGAUAAAGGUUGGAGUCGAGGGGAUGACCGUGCAGGAAACGGACAAGAUAAUGGCAGGGCAUAUAGUGAAGAUAUGGAUGGAGACCACAGCUUUGAUUUGAAUACAGACAGGAGGAUGGAUACCAGUGAUCGUGAUAAGAUUUUUGACGAAGAUAAAAAUGAACAGUCAAGGAGAAACAACGAUUUGAAUGUUAAUAACCAUCAUCACAUGCAUCUUUCAUCAGAUUCAAAUGGCAAUCAUAGUGAUCAGGUAGAAGAUGAAUUAAAGCAAUCAACUGAACAACUCGAUCAACUGAAAAAGGAGGUGUCGCAAAUGGGAGAGAGAUUGGAAGAGAAAAGACUUCUUGUCAUGGACUUACAGAAGAAGUCUAGGAAAUUGGAGGAGGCACUGACUAACGCAAAGAAACACACUUCAUAUCGUCAAAAGCAGUUGACCAAUCUGCAUAAAUGUUUUGUACAAGUAAAAGAGUGCACCGAGAGGCUUAAAACCAGCGAAAAAGAACUUCAGGCUAUAGUGGAUGCAUCAUCAAUGUUAGAGAAUGAUGGUGACGGUGUUGGCUUUCAGGAUGGACAACUCGCAAAUGGCAGAUACUAAAUUGUAAUUUAUCAUUUGAGGUUCAGUUUGGGAUCGAUAUAGCUCAUAACAAUGCAUCCCUUUAUUAUGAAUUUAUUUAUAGUGGAUAUAGAGAGGGAAAAAAAAUUGGGGGUCAUCAGGACUCGAGAUAGAUUACAGUUUUCUCUUAUUUAAUUGAAAAAAUGGAGCAGUUUUCAUUUGUAGCUCUACUGUCUUUACCAAAUAGUAUACUUCUUUUUUUUUGUGUA